GGCCGGACGGGAGGGGUUGGAGCCCGGACGCUGCAGCGGGCGGGGCACUGGGACUGGCGGCUUCGCGGGCGGAAGGUCGGGCCGGGGAUCAGGGACCUGGAAGGCCGUGAGUCGUGGCGAGGUCGAGGUUCGGAGUUUGCGAGUCCCACGCGCGGUCCGAGGUAAGAAAGAGCCGCCUUCCCCCGCACGGCCGGAGGACCCGGGCGCCCCGAGUUCGACUUCUCAGCCUCCGUCCGGAUCGGGAAACGGAGCACGGAGAUGUCCCGGGGGUCUCUUCCCUGGAAUGCGCAGCCCCGAUUUCCCGCCUCGGUCCCUUAGCAGAUCCGUGACCAUCCGAGCGCUGGGCAUCGGUCCAUGCGUACAGAAGGCGCUCAGUACAUGCUCACUUGUGAAUCAGUAAGAUAAAUCGGCGGCCAGGAGAAACAAGUCGCAUGCUGAUCUUCAGGUGUUGGGGACACCAGGGACGCGAGCAUUUAUUGAGCUCUUAUUGUAUACCCCGCCGGCCAGCAUUUGUGUCCAUUUCACAGAUGAAGAAUAAGAGGCCCAGAGAGGUGAAGUGACUUCCCCAAGGCCACACGGAUAAUAAGUGGCCGAGACGAAUUGGAAGCCAGGAGUGUCCCGUUUCAACUUGGUGCCAAAUAGAGUCACUCGGACUCCACUUGGAGUGAUUCAGGAGAAACACGGAAGAGGAAGGGCCGUGCCUUCCGUGGACAGGUCACUGGAGCCGCCAGCUGUUUGGAACUGAGCCACUGCAGAAAGGGAAGUGAAGAGUGAGGCCCAGGCCCCGUGGGGCCGGAUGGCCGGCAGAUGGCUGGAUCUGCGCCGGGCACUGAGUGUGCUUUGUGUGCUGCUAAUGGUAGAGACGGUGCCUGGGGCCAGGGGCCCAUCUACAGGGACUCACAUUAGCCCUCAAUUUCCAGCUUCAGGUGUGAACCAGACCCCCGUGGUAGAUUGUCGCAAGGUGUGUGGCCUGAAUGUCUCUGACCGCUGUGACUUCAUCCGGACCAACCCUGACUGCCACAGUGAUGGGGGCUACCUGGACUACCUGGAAGGCAUCUUCUGCCACUUCCCUCCCCGCCUCCUCCCUCUGGCUGUCACCCUCUACGUUUCCUGGCUGCUCUAUCUGUUUCUGAUUCUGGGAGUCACCGCGGCCAAGUUUUUCUGCCCCAACUUGUCGGCCAUCUCCACCACGCUCAAGCUCUCCCACAACGUGGCAGGUGUCACCUUCCUGGCAUUUGGAAAUGGUGCACCUGACAUCUUCAGUGCCCUGGUGGCCUUCUCCGACCCACACACAGCCGGCCUGGCCGUCGGGGCACUGUUCGGCGCCGGUGUGCUGGUUACCACGGUGGUGGCCGGAGGCAUCACUAUCCUGCACCCCUUCAUGGCUGCCUCCAGGCCCUUCUUCAGGGACAUCGUUUUCUACAUGGUGGCUGUGUUCCUGACCUUCAUCAUGCUCUUCCGUGGCAGGGUCACGCUGCCGUGGGCUCUGGGGUACCUCGGCUUGUAUGUGUUCUAUGUGGUCACUGUGAUUCUCUGCACCUGGAUCUACCGAUGGCAACGGAGAGGAUCCCUGGUCUACUCCAUGCCAGUGACUCCAGAGAUCCUCUCAGACUCCGAGGAGGACCGGGUAUCUUCUAAUACCAACAGCUAUGACUACGGUGACGAGUACCGGCCGCUGCUGUUCUACCAGGAGACCACGGCUCAGAUCCUGGCCCGGGCCCUCAACCCCCUGGAUUAUAUGAAGUGGAGGCGGAAGUCGGCAUACUGGAAAGCCCUCAAGGUAUUCAAGCUGCCCGUGGAGUUCCUGCUGCUCCUCACCGUCCCCGUCGUGGACCCGGACAAGGAUGACCGGAACUGGAAACGGCCCCUUAACUGUCUGCAUCUGGUCAUCAGCCCCCUGGUCAUCGUCCUGACCCUGCAGUCGGGGACCUCUCUUUGCUUUCCUGGGCUUUCUGACCAGCGCCCUGUGGAUCAACGCGGCCGCCACAGAGGUGGUGAACAUCCUGCGGUCCCUGGGCGUGGUCUUCCGGCUGAGCAACACCGUGCUGGGGCUCACGCUGCUGGCCUGGGGGAACAGCAUUGGAGAUGCCUUCUCGGAUUUCACGCUGGCCCGCCAGGGCUACCCGCGGAUGGCGUUCUCUGCCUGCUUUGGCGGCAUCAUCUUCAACAUCCUCGUGGGCGUGGGGCUGGGCUGCCUGCUCCAGAUCUCCCGGAGCCACGCAGAUGUGAAGCUGGAGCCAGAUGGACUGCUGGUGUGGGUCCUGGCGGGUGCCCUGGGGCUCAGCCUUGUCUUCUCCCUGGUCUCAGUCCCACUGCAGUGCUUCAGGCUCAGCAGAGUCUACGGCUUCUGCCUGCUCCUCUUCUACAUGAACUUCCUUGUUGUGGCCCUCCUCACUGAAUUUGGAGUGAUUCACCUGAAAAGCAUGUGACUGAAGCCACUUAGUGUUGCGGCCUCACUGCAGGCAAGAGCCCCGCCCUCCUGCCAGGGGAGGCCCGGGACCAGAGCAUUUCUGCAGGGCUCCUGUGGGCACAAGUGUGCGGCCCUUGCUGCUGGAUAUCUGAGGUCACUGCUGUGAGCUGAGAGAACUUCUCUGUCCCCCUCGCUGCCAGCACCCAACAGCCUUGCCGUGGGGACUUUGGAAACUAGGCUUUGCUCUGGACAAAGGGUUCCAGAGAGAAGCUAGAAGGCCCCCUUGAAUGAUCCCCAGAACCCCUCUGAGAAGGGCUGGAGUUUGGGGAAGAUCAGCUGGGUGUGUUCCAGGCCAUGCUGGAGGCACCAAGACACAGGCGCUGCCCAUUCCUCUUGCCUGAGCUUCAGGCCUACUAGCACCUUCUCAGGGCACAUGUGGCUACCCAGCCCUCAGCGAAUGAGGGUGGCUCAGACCCCUGGGAAUCAGGCCGCUGAGGGCUGAGCUCCAGAGCUGCACUGUCUCCCAGAAACAAAAUUCAAGACAUACUUAAUUUUGAAUUUCUCCUUGCCACGCUUAUAAAGCCAAAAGCAGCGGGUGCCAUUCGUGACGAUGCACUUCACUGAACCCACUUGCUCCGAAAACACCAUCAGCCAAGGCACUGCUACGCCUGCAGCUGCCACAUGGGACAGCGGUCAGACGCUGCCUCUAGGAUUCUGUCCCUGACUGCCCACAACUCCUUUGUUUGUGCCCGAACCUUUGCUUCUCCAGCUGCCAAGCAGAAGUCCAAAGGACUGUGCCUAUGCCUCCCUCGGUGGGGGGGGGGGGAGGGGUGUCCCUGAGCAGGCUUCAGGGCCUGUGAGCUGGGGAAGGACAGAUGGGGAGCCCUCGUGCCUUCCUGCUGUCACGCAGUGACCCCGCCUUAUGUUGCCAAAAUAAGCAACUCUUAGGUUUGCAACUGCCUUAUGCUGGGAAAGAAGAAAAUAAAACGUUUUUACAAAUA